AUGGCUGCCAUACAAGAUGUCAUGCAUAUAAUUUCACCACGACUGGCUAUAUUACCAGAUUAUGAUGGACAAGAACCAUCACAUACUUAUUAUGCAAAGCUUAGAGUGUUAAAUGAAACAGCCAGACCUUUAGGUGUUGCCACUUUUAAUGCCACAGAAAGAGCAAAUAUCAUGAAAAGUAAAAUGACAGAAGCAGAAGUUUAUAACUGGAUGCAAGGUAAAUAUCAAAAAACAAUGAUUGGAAAUCAACGAGCAUCUUUAAAAGCUCUUAUAAAUGAAAAAUUCACUUCAUUAGAUACAAUUGAUACUUAUGAAAAAAGAAUUAGACCUUAUGUAUUAGGUAUUGAUGAUGCAGAAGUAUUGCUAUAUCUUUAUGAUCAUUUACCUCCUAGAUUAGAAACACGAAUCAGAAUAGCAAAUCCAAAUACUGUAAAUGACUUCUUUAUGCAAUUAAGAAUUAUUUGGUUAGAGUCUGGAGGACCAACAAGUAAUUUUGAAAAAGAAAACAAUAGUAUUCCUAUAAAUCAAUUUCCACAAAAAAAUAAGGCAUUAAAUUAUUUGGAUACUAUUGCCGAAAGAUUAGGUUAUUCAAAUUAUGGAUCACGAGAUCUUAAUGAUUUAAUAAAAUUUGUCGAUUAUGAAUUAUAUAAUAGAUUAGGACAUGCAAAUUAUAAUUUUAAAAAAGAACCUUUUGGUCAAGAUAGUGAAGUAAGUAUCAAAACUUCAAAAAAAGUAUAUAAUACAAAGAAGCUGGUAAAGAAGUUUGCAAAAAAGCUAACAAAGAAGCCUAUUAAAGUUACUUAUAAAUGCUCAAAUUGUGAAAAAAUUGGGCAUAGAAAAAAUAUGUGUCCCGGUCUUAUUAAGAAACUUAAAAAAGUUAAUAAUGUUUAUCAAAGUGAACCAGAAAAUUCAGAUGAUGAGGAGGACCAGACUUCAAACUCUUCGAGUCACAAAGAAACAAAUUGUGAUUAUGAGCUUAUAUCUCCAUCAGAAAAACUUGACAAUUCCAUUACAUUAAAUCAUGCUAUUAAAGUAUAUCAAGGAGCACAAAUAAGACAAAAUUGGCCUAACCCUUUUGAGAUUGAUUUUCUCGAUAUAAAAGAACCUAAUGAUGUAGCAAUGAUUUUAUGUAGAAUAGGUGACUUGAUAAUACCUUAUGUAAUUCUAGAUACCGGUGCAAAUGAUUCAUUAUAUACUGAUAACAUUUCUGAGUAUUUAGGAAUAAAAAUAGAUAAAAAAAAUAUUUAUAAACUUAUUGGCGCAGUUGAAGAUUUCCAAUCUAUCGGUACUUUGUAUAAUGUUCCUAUAACUAUAGGCACUGAAGAAGAUUUUAUAAUAGUUUCUGAAAAAGAAAUAUCUGUAAUCCCUACAAAAAAGAAUCGAAAUGGAAAAGACAUAUCUAUAAUGAUACUUGGUACAAAAUGGCAACAUCGUGUUGGAUAG